CUGUCCGGUGGGGCAGCCCUGGUGGUGGAGCUAGCCGUGCUAGAGCUGGAGGUGCUAGAGCUGGAGAUGCUGGAGCUGCUGGUGAUGGAGGUGAUGGAGGUGCUGGAGCUGCUGGUGCUGGAGGUGCUAGAGCUGGAGGUGCUGGAGGUACUGGAGGUGCUUGUGCUGGAGGUGCUAGAGCUAGAGGUGCUGGAGGUACUGGAGCUGCUGGUGUUGGAGGUGCUGGAGCGGGAGGUACUGGAGGUUAUGGAGCUGGUGGUACUGGAGGUACUGGAGGUGCUGGAGUUGGAGGUGCUGGAGGUGCUGGAGUUGUUGACGGUACGGGUACUGCGUCGCGCCGACCGUUUUUCUAUCCGCAGUCGUAGUCGUCCCUACCACCGCCUGACUCGGCACUCGUCAGGUUCUUAG